AUGAGCCUAAAAGAUAAACUCAAUUCUUUAAAAGCAGAAGAAGAACAAAUAGAAACUGAUGUCAAAGGAGUUAAUGGCAACCAUUCUGAGAUGAUGGAUAAUUUAAGCAAAAUAGAAGGAUUUGUUAAAGAUAGUAAAGAGGCAAUUGAAAAAGAAGCCGAGGAAAACCCCGAUACUAUGAAAGCUUAUGAUGAGUUAAAAGUUGUAAUAGAUAGGUUAAAAAGUGAAGUGUCUACCUUAAAGACCCAAAAUAUUGAGUUAAGGAAUAAAAUUGCUUCCAUUGCUGGCAUUUGUGCUUUUAGUGGAACAACCUUAGGAGUGGUUGGUAGUUUGGAACCAAAUAUAGGAUUAACUGUUGAUUUGCUCCCAAUUAGUGGAGGAAAAAUAGAAAGUUUUCAAUUUGUAGAAACUUUGGCAGAUAUAAAAGACGCUCCUUUGCCUGUUCGUAAUGAGUUAGUAAAAAGUAAGUUUUUUAAUGUUAUGCUUGCUGUCGAGCGAGCAUAUUAUAAACUUGAACUAGAAAAAAAUAAACAAGAAUUAGGAGAUAAGUUUAAUUUGGAGAAUUGGAAUGAUUGGUGA